AUGGCGAUGGUCCACCUGGCCGUGGCCUCUCGCAUCGCUCUUGCCUUACUUGCAGUGGUCGCUGGCCAGGAGGUCGAUCCAGAAGAUCGGGGCAAUGGCUUGUGCUGGUACAACAGCAUCUUGGCUGAAUGUGACCGGAGCUUCCAUCGCUGCUGCGUUGAGGCAGAUCCUGAUUGCUGGAGGGGCAUCUGGGCCAUUGCUGAGCUUUGUUGCCAUCGUCUCACGGAUCAGCACCAGCAGUGCUUCGACGACAUUGAGGAGCGCGUGGAAAGCAAGUUGCAGAGCUUGAGUAUUCUGCUGGCGCGAGCGGAAGCAGCAGGGCUACAAGAAAUGGUGGAAGGGCUCGUGCAGAACUCGGUUGCCUACCAGGUGAUGCUCGCCCAGCCUCUUGCCGUGUGGGCAUGGGCAUGUAGUGUACCAGACUCGCCAUUGAUAUGGAGCCGCAACUGUGACUGCUGUGAACCAGCAGAGGACUACUGUCAGGACAGUUCCCUGCGGGACGAGCAACAGAUCUGGGCAGAGUUCACGCGGUGCUGCUUCCCAGUCUACUCGCGCAAGACCUUCCAUCCAGUGGAUGACCUUCUACAGGCAAGCAUCAGUUCCGACUUAGAGAUGCUGAGGCCGCGCAGAGAGAGCAUUUGGACGGAUGGGCCGCACCUCACCUGGGACCUGGGUGAUGGAAGGUAUGCGAAAGGUUGCAUCAUAUCAGUCCACGAAGAUGGAACAGUGUCAUCUUGCCCAGAGAGCCAUGCGUGCCAUGAUUUCGACUGCUCAUACUUGCGAGCAGUCCUGCUCGCAUUAAGAGUCAUCCAGUCCAUCAACCCCCUUCCGGCUUUGGAUUUUGUCCUGAACGCCGGUGACGAGACAGUCGAAAACACCCUUCCUGAAGCGCCGGUGUUCACCCGAACCGGCACUCUCUGGACAGCCACGCUGGCUCUACCUUUCGAGUGGCAGUUGCACCCUGCUCAGUGCCAACGAAGAUUGAAGGAAGGAAUGCUGGCUGUUGAACGACUCCGGUGGGAAGACCGGAAAGCGGUGUUAAUCUGGAGGGGAACGCACUCCAACCUUUGGGUUGAGGACUGCAGGGCCGCGCUGGCCGCAAAAGCCGAGGAGAUGAUGGAGAGAUGCGUAAGUCUUCCGCCCGGCCAGGUGAGGCAGCCGGUGUGGAACUUCAGCACCUGGCUCCAGCUGCCACGUGGUCGCCUGGUCUGGCUGAGUCGCUUCGUUCCAUUCAUUGAUGCCAAGUUUGUGGAAGCCUCGGUGUCCUCACAGAUGCCGCGAAUGGAGAAGAGCCUUGAGGAGUUCUUGUGGGAUGAGGAGCUCAUCGGCUCCAGGAUCGCCGGGGAGGUCUUUGGGCAGUACAAGUAUCAGAUUGCCAUGGAAGGCAACAGCGCCACCGACCGCCUCUCCUGGCAGCUCUUCAUGGGCUCCGUGGUGCUCAUCCCAGGCAAAGCCUGGCAGGUGAUGUCGCCGCUGAACAUGCUGCAGCCCUGGGUCCACUUCGUCCCCGUGUCGUACGACCUCAGCGACUUGGUGGACCGGCUGCUUUGGCUCAUGUCGCACGACGCGGAGGCCAAGGCCAUCGCGCAGAAUGGGAUGGCCUUUGCCCAUCGUCGCGGCCACAGCGCUUCUGCAUGA